AAUGAAAAUGGAAUCAUCAUCAUUGUUGUUGAUUGAAAAUCGUUGUUGUUUAUAUAAAUUAUUUGCUGUAAUUUUGUUGAUAUUAUCACCAUUAAUAAUGUUGAGUAUUGAUGGUCAAUUAAGGCCACCACCACCAACCUCUACGACGACAACAAAGCGACCUACAUUUUUACCCAUACCAUCAUCGUUUGUGAUAAAACGUUCACCAACAAAUUUUCCAACAACAUUUGGAAAUUUACGUGGACGUGGUCCAGCAUUUCUAUUAUCACCAUCACAAUCAUUAUCACCAAUAUCAUCUCGUUUUAUGGAAAUUAUUGAACGUUUUGUGACAGCCUCAUCCAUGGCGAUACAAUCGACCACGACUACCACCACCACACCAAAACCCCUUCCACCGCAAAUACCGGCAAAAUUGAUUUUACCACCUCCAUCAUUAUCAUUACCAACAACAACAACAGAAAAAUUACCAACAAUCAAUACAAUUGAUUCAAAUGAUCGUAUGUGUAAACAAUCCGAUAUGGAUAUUUGUAGUCAACGUAUGUUAAUGAUAACUGAUCAAAAUUUUCAUUAUCCAAUUACAAUGGCCGAAAUGGAUCAACGUUGUAGAGAAUUAAAACCAAUGGAAAAAUGUGUACGUCAUUAUUCACAACAUUGUUUUGAAUCAAACAUACAGCAGAAAACAUUUUCCCUAAUAAUUUAUGGUGUAACCAAAACAAAUCGUGCUAUUUGUCGAAAUAAUCGUCGUCGACGGCAAUUUAUUGAAUUUGGUCAACAUUGUGCAAAUCGUUUACAAAAUCAAUUAAUUUCAUUUGUUGAAGAUAUGUAUACGAAAAUGUUUGCUAUAUUAAAAUAUCCGAUAAGAAAAUUACGUAUACCAUUAAGCUGUUGUAAUUAUUAUAGAUUUAAAGAACAAGCAUUAAAAAUGUAUUCGGAACAAUGUCAACCACAACAAUCACAACAAAUGGAACGUUUAUUAAAUGGUUUUACAAAAGAUUCAUUUACAUUUAUUUGUAGCCGUUAUACGGAAAAUUCUGAACGUUGUAAUAGAAUUAUUGAUAAAUUUAUAUCGAUAAAUAAUAUGACAACAUUAUUACCAAUCACCAAUAAUAAUAAUAAUAAUAAUAAUAAAAAUGCAGCAUUAAAAUUAACAAAAUUAUCAACCGAAUCAUUUAUAACAACAUAUAUUAAUAUGAUUCAUAGUAUUGGAUCUUGAGAAUGUUUGAAAAUAAAAUGUGCUUGAAAAUGAAAUGAAAAUAAAAUGUUUUUACUACAAAAAAAA